UACAGCUGCAAAAUGCCUGUGGGCCGCGCUACGGGAUUCUUCCCUAUCUCUGGCUAGGACCGGGACCCGCAGCCACCGCCGCAGCCGCACAGAAGGCCACGUCAGCCUAAGCGGUCCCACCCGUCCCUCUCCGCCGGCGCUGUCUGGCCUUCUCCACGCCUUUCCCACAAUGCCCCGCGCCAGGCCCCGCCCCGCCGGCGCGACGGGAGCGACCGAAUUGCUGCUGCGCGCGUUCGCAGGCGGCGUCCAGUCUUGCCGGGUCCCGAGCUCGGCGGCCUAAGGAUGGGGCAGUAGCGGAGGACGCCGAGGUUAACAUUUCUGAACUGUGUUCCCAAGAUGCUUGAUUGACCCGUGAAGUAAUGUGGACAGAGAUUCUCAUAUGUGUUUGUUAUAACCACCGGACCCAGCAUUGUAUCUUAAUGUUCACAUAAGUCAGAACUUGCAUAACAAGGAGAAUGGGAGUCUGGUUAAACAAAGAUGACUUUAUCAGAGACUUGAAGAGGCUAAGUCUCUGUCUUCUUAUACUGUAUGUGGUCGUUGUGGUAGGCACGGAUCAGAAUUUUUACAGUUUGCUUGGAGUAUCUAAAACUGCCAGCAGUAGGGAAAUAAGACAAGCCUUUAAGAAAUUAGCACUGAAGUUGCAUCCUGAUAAAAACCCGAAUAACCCAAAUGCACAUGGUGAUUUUCUAAAAAUAAAUAGAGCAUAUGAAGUACUCAAAGAUGAAGAUCUACGGAAAAAGUAUGACAAAUAUGGAGAAAAGGGACUAGAAGAUAAUCAGGGCGGCCAGUAUGAGAGCUGGAGCUACUACCGAUACGAUUUCGGUAUUUAUGAUGAUGAUCCUGAAAUCAUAACAUUAGAAAGAAGAGAAUUUGAUGCUGCUGUCAACUCUGGAGAACUGUGGUUUGUAAAUUUUUACUCCCCGGGAUGUUCGCAUUGCCAUGACUUAGCCCCCACUUGGAGAGAAUUUGCUAAAGAAGUGGAUGGAUUGCUUCGCAUUGGCGCUGUCAACUGUGGCGAUGACCGGAUGCUUUGCCGAAUGAAAGGAGUCAACAGUUACCCCAGUCUCUUCAUCUUUAGGUCUGGAAUGGCUGCGGUGAAAUACAAUGGAGAUAGGUCAAAGGACAGCCUAGUGAGCUUCGCCAUGCAGCACGUCAGGAGCACAGUGACAGAGCUGUCUACAGGAAAUUUUGUUAAUGCCAUAGAAACUGCUUUUGCUGCUGGUGUUGGCUGGCUGAUCACAUUCUGUUCUAAAGGAGAAGAUUGUUUGUCGUCACAGACCCGACUCAGGCUUAGUGGCAUGUUGGAUGGCCUUGUUAACGUGGGCUGGGUGGACUGUGACACGCAGGAAAGCCUCUGCAGGAGCUUGGACGCCACAGCCAGCACCACUGCUUAUUUUCCUCCUGGAGCUGCACUGAAUGACAAAGGAAAGUCCAAUGUCUUGUUUCUUAAUUCAUUGGAUGCUAAGGAAAUAUACAUGGAAAUCAUACAUAAUCUUCCAGACUUUGAGCUGCUUUCAGCAAAUCAACUAGAGGAUCGUUUGGCACAUCAUCGCUGGCUUGUAUUUUUUCAUUUUGGAAAAAAUGAAAACGCAAAUGAUCCUGAAUUGAAAAAACUGAAGACUCUACUUAAAAAUGAACAUAUUCAAGUUGGAAGGUUUGAUUGCUCAUCUGCACCGGGCAUCUGUUCUGAUCUUUAUGUUUUCCAGCCCUGUCUAGUAGUGUUUAAAGGACAAGGAACCAAAGAAUAUGAAAUUCAUCAUGGAAAGAAGAUUCUAUACGAUAUACUUGCUUUUGCCAAAGAAAGUGUUAAUUCGCAUGUUACCACACUCGGACCUCAGAACUUCCCUGCAAGUGACAAAGAGCCGUGGCUUGUUGACUUCUUUGCCCCUUGGUGUCCGCCAUGCCGUGCACUUCUGCCAGAGUUACGGAAAGCAUCUACUCUACUCUAUGGUCAACUCAAAGUUGGUACCUUAGACUGCACAAUUCAUGAAGGACUCUGCAACAUGUAUAACAUCCAAGCUUAUCCAACAACAGUGGUGUUCAAUCAGUCCAGUAUUCAUGAGUAUGAAGGACAUCACUCUGCGGAACAGAUCUUGGAGUUCAUAGAGGAUCUCCGAAACCCUUCAGUGGUCUCUCUUACACCCACCACUUUCAAUGAACUGGUUAAACAGAGAAAGCAUGACGAAGUCUGGAUGGUUGAUUUCUAUUCUCCGUGGUGUCAUCCCUGUCAGGUCUUAAUGCCAGAAUGGAAACGCAUGGCCCGGACAUUAACUGGACUGAUCAAUGUAGGCAGUGUGGAUUGCCAACAGUAUCAUUCUUUUUGUACUCAAGAAAAUGUUCAAAGAUACCCCGAGAUAAGAUUUUAUCCCCAAAAGUCAAAUAAAGCUUAUCAGUAUCAUAGUUACAAUGGCUGGAAUAGGGAUGCUUAUUCCCUGAGAAGCUGGGGUCUCGGAUUUUUACCCCAAGCAUCCAUAGAUUUAACACCUCAGACUUUCAAUGAAAAAGUUCUACAAGGAAAAACUCACUGGGUGGUUGAUUUCUAUGCUCCUUGGUGUGGACCUUGCCAGAAUUUUGCUCCCGAGUUUGAACUCUUGGCUAGGAUGGUUAAAGGAAAAGUGAAAGCCGGGAAAGUGGACUGUCAGGCUUACCCCCAGACGUGCCAGAAAGCCGGCAUCAGAGCCUACCCCAGCGUCAAGCUGUACCGCUACGAGAGAGCAAAGAAAAGUAUUUGGGAAGAGCAAAUAAAUUCCAGAGAUGCAAAAACUAUUGCUGCCUUAAUUUAUGGAAAGUUGGAAACGCCCCAAAACCAAGUGAAAAGAAAUAAGGAUGAGCUUUGAUGAUAUUGAAGAAAAAAAAGUUGUGAGGAAAAGAAUCUGGAACAUAGCACCAGAAGAUCCCUUUCCCAAGUAAGAUGCUCUGAGGAGGCAGACGCACACGGCCUGGGCUUGCAGUUGCACUGUGCAGACGAAACACCUGUGUGGUGCUGGUCUGCAGACGCUUCUGCAGAGAGCCAGGCGGCGCCGGCUGAGACUGGAGUCCACAUAUGGUUCUUUGUUGUGUCUUUGUUGUUGUUGUUAAUCCUUUUAGAAAUACAAACAUCAGUCUUAGCUCAGGGCCACAUAGAAAUACUCCACAGGCCGAGUCCAGCCCGGGGACUAGUUUGCUGACCACCAGAGCUGAUGUUUGGACACUUGGCCCUGCAUGUGGGUCUGUUAUCUUCAUAGUGUACGAAGUGCACCUGGGGUUUUUACUUGUAAUUUUCUGAUGGUCCUGAAAAAGAACUGACUUGAUUUUCAAUCACCCCUUCUAAAAAUUCCAUCUAUGACCACACAUUUUAUUUUGACUAUUUUCACAACAUGGGAAAAUAAAAAUGUACCCAUUUUUCCAACUGUGUACUACUGUAUAGAGAAAGGAUUUCUUAUAAGAGUUGAAGAGUUGUUCUUAAUUUAUCACAACAGUAAGUGUAAAAAUCCUGUAACCUGCAGUCCCAAGAAUAAGCACAAGGUAAAAGGAAGCAUUUACAACUGGUUAGUGGGCUGUGUGGGCGUGGCAUCUAAGCCCUGAGUCCAUGCUUAGUGUGCACACCGUCGUUUAUUUGCUCCCAUGAAUGUUCCUACUGAUGGUUUUGUCGGUUCUGUUUCACGUGUCUUCCUGAUACUGACAAGGUUCUCUUCUGGGUUCUGUUUUGAUCACUCACACUGAUUAUGUGUCCCCUGUAGCUGUGGUUUUUCCUUCUGUGUAAUAUGCACUAUUCCAGUAGGAACAGUUAUUUUAGAUUUAUUUUAACGUGGCUCAUGAUGAUGCUGUUACUCAAUGAUUGUCUUUUUCAGUAAAGUAUUGCCAUAACAGCUGAAGUGCUUCUCUCUAAAAUCAAGCACAUGAUGGACUCUUCCCACUUCUCAGUUGUACAGACCCAAAGGGUCACAGGUCUGUCCUGCAACUCCAAAACAGAGCGACCUCCAGUUCAGUUCUCUCCUAGUGUGGGGGAUGGUCAGAGGAUGCCAGUGAAUAAAGUCAAAUUAUUUUUUCUAAAA